AUUUCAUAUUUCAUAUUACAAGCGUCUUAAUCAAACUGCGAAAAAAAAAAAAAAAGAAAAGAAAAAAAUCAUAUAGAUCCGAUCUCAGAAGAUCCGACCCGGGAAGAUGUCGUCAACUUUCAGCGGUGAUGAGACGGCACCGUUUUUCGGCUUCCUCGGCGCCGCCGCGGCCCUAGUCUUCUCCUGUAUGGGGGCGGCGUACGGCACGGCGAAGAGUGGCGUCGGAGUGGCGUCAAUGGGAGUGAUGCGGCCGGAGUUGGUGAUGAAGUCCAUUGUGCCAGUGGUUAUGGCUGGUGUUUUAGGUAUUUAUGGGUUGAUUAUUGCUGUGAUCAUUAGUACCGGAAUUAACCCUAAAGCCAAGUCUUAUUACUUGUUUGAUGGCUAUGCUCACCUUUCUUCCGGACUCGCCUGUGGCCUCGCUGGCCUGUCCGCCGGUAUGGCAAUCGGAAUCGUUGGGGAUGCUGGUGUUAGAGCUAAUGCACAACAGCCCAAGCUCUUUGUUGGAAUGAUUCUUAUACUCAUUUUCGCUGAAGCUCUGGCUCUUUAUGGCCUUAUUGUUGGCAUUAUCCUCUCUUCUCGUGCUGGUCAGUCGAGAGCAGACUAGACGAGCUAUUUAGUUGGAGACUAUGGUUUGUUUCUAUAACUCAAGAAUUGUUAUUCGUAAGAAAGGUCGAUCGGCUGCUGCAGGGUUUCUUAGUUUAGAGCUUUAUAUGUGGCAAGUUUCUAGGCCAUAAGUUGGCAGCUGAUAUGUACUGAUGAUAUAUGUCGAUGGAUUCUGGUUCUCCGCAAAUAAAGUUGUUUUUAGUACUAUAUAUGAUGUUGUGUCUUGCUAGAACUAGAUUUGAUUUGUGUAAAACCAUUGUUUGUACUGAUUAUUUUGUUUUCACGAGUCA